UUUUGUGAUUCGCAGUAGAGCAGCACGCAGCGUUUGUCACGAACAGUUUUAUUUUGAAAUAUAGGACGUUACAUCGGAAGUUGUCUUUUUGCCAUGGAAACAGGAGGACAAAGAAUAUGUUGAGUAUAUCGUAAGGUUUAUAACCGUUUACUGUGACACUUUAUAGUGAUGGAGGACGACUUAUUAGCUGAUGUGAGAAGUUUUUCUUUCGAGAAUCCACUCACUGAGGAUGAGAAAGAGUUACUUUACCUUCGUGCACGCUCGGCUGGACUGACGUUUUGCGGGUGCGCGCACGCAUCUUUCCUAUGUAAACUGGUUCACUCAUUGAGAUGUCUCAUCAAAAGCCGCAGAGCAAACAGAGACUCAUUGGUACCAGGAGAAGACAGCGACCUCUGCGUUGGGAUCAUUGGGAUGGGUCACAUGGGGAGACAGUUGCUCACCUCCCUCCUUGAAAAGUCUGGCAUCAAACCAUCACAGAUUAAGAUCUCCAGUAGAACACCAGACUCUGCAGUGGAAUUUAUCCAGAAAGGAGUUGAAUGUGUAUUUGACAAUCGCAGACUGGCAGCGUGGGCAGAUGUUCUGUUCCUCUGCUCUCUGCCGUCUCACCUCCCCAAAGUCUGUGCUGAUCUCCACUCUCACCUGUCAAAGAGCUGCCUUGUGUACAGCUUCACUUCUGCUGUGCCUGUCAACAGAUUGGCACAGCUUCUAGGACACGACUUCAUUCUCAAACCACAGUAUGACUUUGUCGCCUGUGACACUGCAGAUGUGGUGCUAACCUGCACUCAUCUGACCACGGCUUUGACAGAUCAUUUGCUUAUAAAGGCAUCGUGUCCUCUUACAAUGAGCAGUGGCAUUUAUCUUGGUCUGAGCUGGGUGUGUGCAGUAUUGUACAGCCUGCUAAAUAUCUGCACCUCUACCAGUCUGGGAUCCAGUGAUGCUCUCUCUCUUAUCAACAGAAUCCUGAAAGAGAAAUGGCCACUCGCUGUGGAUUUAAACACACACAGUUACAUCAGUGCAUCAUCUACCCUGCUUACAGAGGAACCUUUUCCCUGGAUUUCUCUCGCUGAUGCCCAGACCAAGGAGACACCAUUGCUGUGCUUUCUAUCAAGCAGCACAUAUAUGUAACAGUGCAUCUCUGAGACACCUGCAAAAUAAGACAAUUAGCCUACACUCUUAUGUAAAACUUAACAGUUUCUUAUUUAAGGAUGUCCACUCAAAGUAAAUGUUGUUCCUUAUGUUGCAUAUGUUGUUUGGCACAUUAUAACAAGAUAUAAAGUGAUUAUUUAACUAUAAAAAGCCUCAAUAGUAUUUUUCUGUAUUUGUAUGUCGUUCAUAAUGAAUAUGAUUCAUAUAUUAAAUCAAUACAUUUGCAUCUACACCAUGCAGCAGUAGUUGGUAUCUUCUGGCAUACUACCAAAAUAUAAUUGAACUUAUUGAACAUUAUCUGUUUUUUGACAAAAAUAUAUUGUACAAAAAAUAUGUUAAACAGCGCAGCAAACCUACAGAAUCCACAUGGGAUACAGCUGGGCAUAAGUAUAACACAAAUACAGUUACAUAAAUAAAAUGUAUACACAGAUACAAACAUAUUCACUCAGAUGU